AUAAUAGACAUACAUAACCCGCAAAAAGCAAGCAAUCACUUUGGUUGUGGUAGCCGCAUUUAUCCCGCGCGUUGGAUGAGCGAUAAUAAUCAUUCUACUACUAACCUAGCUGUUGCUAUGGUAUAUCCCGCGAAGCUGCAAACAUUUUCCCUUGUCUCCCAUGCUUCGUUGUCCUGAUCCUUUCCUUCACAAGAGACAGCCACUAUAAUGUGGGUGUCAUGGCAUACGGUCCUCUCAACGGCCAUCUCGCUGUUGGUGGCCGGCUCUGCAGUUAACGGUGCAUAUAAUCUGGAUGUCAACUCGACAGAUUCCAUCAAAGAUGUUUCGAAACAGAUGGCUGCUGACUUGAUGACAUUCUACAAUGGCAACCAACCGGGUAACACGCCAGGUCUUCUCCCACAGCCAUAUUACUGGUGGGAGGCCGGCGCCAUGAUGGGAUCUUUAGUCGACUACUGGUAUUAUACAGGAGACACGACAUACAAUCAGAUAACCACAGAUGCGCUUCUUUUCCAGGUCGGUCCAUACAACGAUUAUAUGCCACCAAACCAGACAUUGACAGAGGGAAACGACGAUCAAGGAUUUUGGGGUAUGGCUGUCAUGACUGCAGCAGAGUACAAGUUUCCAGAUCCGCCCGAAGGAAAACCUCAAUGGUUAGCGUUAGCGCAAGCAGUCUUUAACACACAGGCGGCUCGAUGGGACGAUGCGGAAUGUAACGGCGGUCUUCGGUGGCAGAUCUUUCAGUGGAAUAACGGUUACAACUACAAGAACUCCAUCUCUCAAGGCUGCUUCUUCAAUAUUGCUGCGAGGCUUGCCUUAUACACCGGCAACAGCACGUAUGCCGAUUGGGCCAUACGGACGUGGGACUGGAUGGUCAACGUGCAGUUCAUGGACGAGAGCUACCAUAUUUACGAUGGUUCGCACAUCGAAGUCAACUGUUCCAAGGUCGUUCCCUACCAGUUCUCCUACAACGCCGGAUCAUUCCUUCUGGGCGCUGCUGCGAUGUACGCCUUCGCUGACGAGCAUGGAUUGUCCAGCGAUCGCGACAUGUGGCACGAGAGAGUGGAUGGGCUUCUGAACGGGACAGAUGUCUUCUUUUUCAGCGACGAGAAUGGCAGUCCGCCUGUCAUGAUCGAAAUUGCUUGUGAGGGCGUUGGACUCUGUAAUUUGGACCAGCGAUCCUUCAAGGCUUAUCUUAGCAGGUGGAUGGCUGCGACUACGAAAUGGGCUCCCUGGACCUACGGCCGCAUCAAGCCUCUGCUCAUGAACUCGGCACAAGCCGCUGCGCAGCAAUGCACCGGGGGAGAAAAUGGUCGUAUGUGCGGGCUGAGAUGGGCCAACAACUCAGGCCAGUGGGACGGAUCGACUGGAGUAGGUGAACAAAUGGCCGCUAUGGAAAUCGUUCUCGCCAACAUGAUCCACGAUGCCGAACCUCCUGUUACGAACUCAACCGGCGGGACAAGUGUUGGCGAUCCUACAGGCGGCGGGUCGGACAUUGGACGGACAGACCCUCAAGGUUCGAUAGUGUUUGCGCCACUAACCACGGGCGACCGAGCAGGCGCAAUAAUUGUCACAGUCAUCAUCUGUGCUACCGUGCUGACCGCAGCCCUUUUUAUGAUGACGGAUGAAAACAAAUCGCUGCCGUGCUGGUGAAAGGUGGCAAGCCGCGGAAAUUGGACGAAAAAGGCAAAGGGAUAAUGAGAAGCGAUUCCGAGAAUAGCGGCAAGGCUGUCCUGCCCACAGCAACCGUUUUUGCACUACGCUCGCCGAGAGAAUCACGCCAGUCAAGAGACUUCCGCCUCUCGAGCGAAUCCUGCCUGCCAAAUCAUACGACAUGGCAAUAUGAACCCAUGGAAGGGCAUGCACCGCGACCCAGUAUGAUACCUGAAGUGCCCGAGCCGGCAAUGGCUAAGGAACGCCCGGUGUCGGU